UAGCAGAACGCAUUCCGUGCUUCAGAUGUUUCAAAUGCAGACGUCUAUCUGUAUCAUGUUGUUACUGUCGAGUGGGGCUAUCAGCGCCGGUCUAGAAAAAGUACUACCAUUAACAGAACUCAUAGCUGAUAUUUAUCAUCAGUUUGAACGCGGUUGCAUAUUUCUGAUGACCUCUCGCGUUCAACAACAAGGUUUUGAAGCUAAGAUAUUGAUGCAGAAAAUUCGAAAGCACUUAUUAUACGAAUAUAUUCCUAUAAUGGAUACGGUAUUUAGAACUGGCGUCAGCAGAAGGUGUUCUACUCAGCGGUCUAUAUACGUCGUACUCAAAGGCGAUGCAGAAACAAGAAACUACAUACAUCAGUCAUUUUUGAAGACACACUCAUCCAGAGCCAUCUGGUUGCUGUUCCUGGACAAGAACUCUUCCCUGGAGGAGUUCUUCACCGACAUUAACAUCCCCUUCGACUGCGAGUUCCUGGUGGCUCAGCCAGAAGAUGACCACGCCGUUGGUCUGACCGAAGUGUACCGUGUUAGCCCCACACUUCCCCUGCAGACAUACCGUUUCGGCAACUGGACUCCUGCUCGCAGCCCAACCUGGCCUUCAACGAACUUUCUUCUUAGAAGAAGCAAUCUACAAGGAUGUGUCAUUCGGGCAACUUAUAAACACGAAUACUUGGUCGUCAACAUAGUUAAUAAUUCAGACGGAUCUGAGGUUGCUGAAGGAUAUUUUGGGCAGAUGUGGUUGCCCAGUACGUAA